AUGGUAGCAACACCAAAAAUUACAAACAAAAAAGUUACAUCCAACAUAGAACAAAUCAAGUUAUCCUUCGGUAACGACUCUAAUAAAGCUAGUAUGAUCUCUGGUACUUUUCCGGGCAUGGGUCAAUACAUGGACGUUAUUACACAGGAGCCGUCCCCCUUGAAAUCUGGUGGCAUGAAUGAUGCCACCUUAUUUGAUGUUGAUGAAUGGCUUGCAACUGAUAUUGAACAAAUUAUAUCUGAAGGAGAAGAUGGAUUAUUAUUCCCUUCUGAAGCUUCUACCACGAGUUACGAUGUAUCUCCUGACCUACCUUCUUCAAUUACCACCCCUUCUUUACCAUUCGAUAACAAUGUUAUGUCUCGUGAAUUUGAUUCUCCUUUAUUUGGUCAGCCGACUCCUUUCUCAACAAGUCCAAUUCUCGAACCAGCUAUAGGAUUUUUCCCUGAUCUUUCUAAUGGAAACACUACAAAAUUAUUUUCUAUCGUUCCUUCGGUUACCAUCCCUGCUGACAAUCAUCAUUCACUUUCAAUACCCAUUCGUCAACCGGGUUUAACAUCUGCCCUGAACAUUCCUUGGGUGUCUGAUGUCACUAAUGCUUCAAAUAUUGUUUCUGAUGGAACUUCGUCAUUCGUCAACAGUCAUAUUAAUACUCAGAAGUCUCCUUUAAGUUCUACAAAGUCUUCUCCUGUUGUAAUUGUGCCUUCUAAAUCUUCUCCAACCAAAUCUACAAAUGGCCGAAGUCGUAAACGUUCUGAAAGUGAGAUUGAUAAAGACCCCGAAAUUAUCUCUGAAGAGUUGGCCAUUAAGCGUGCUAAAAAUACUGACGCUGCUAGAAGAAGUCGUCUUCGCAAAGUUAUGAAAAUGGAAUCUCUAGAAAAACAAGUUAAUGAACUUAAAACUGAAAAUAGUGACCUUCAAACUCGAAUUGCUGUUUUAGAAAGUGAGAAAAAGGGUUUAGAAGAAAAGAACAUCGAUAAAGAUAACAGAAUUAGAUUAUUGGAGCAACAAUUAGCUGAGGCACAUGAAAGAUUAAUUAAAAGGUAG